AUGGAAGACUGUUUGGCAAAAAAAAUGGAAAUCACUGUUUCAGAAGCCGAAAAACGGACUGGGAGGAAUGCCAUGAACAUGCAAGAAACAUACACUGCUUACCUCAUUGAGACAAGAGCUGUUGAGUCCCAGAGUGAGGGACAGUGUGCCCCAGUGGACUCCCUGUGGCGACGUUACAGUGAAUUUGAGUUGUUGAGGAAUUAUUUGUCAGUUACCUAUCCACAUAUUGUUGUUCCGCCUUUGCCAGAAAAAAGGGCUGACUUUGUUUGGCAUAAGCUGUCAGCAGAUAAUAUGGAUCCAGAUUUUGUGGAAAGAAGAAGAAUUGGUUUGGAAAACUUCUUGUUACGUGUGGCUUCACAUCCUGUUCUUUGCCAAGACAAAAUCUUUUAUUCAUUUUUAACACAGGAAGGUGGAUGGAAAGAAAUGGUGAAUGAGACUGGAUUUCAGUUAAAGGCAGAUUCCAGAGUAAAAGCUCUUAAUGCAACAUUCAGAGUGAAAAACCCAGACAAGAGAUUUACUGAGCUAAAACACUAUAGCGAUGAACUGCAGUCUGUCAUAUCACACCUUCUGCGAGUCAGAGCUAGGGUAGCAGACCGGCUAUAUGGUGUCUAUAAAGUCCAUGGCAACUAUGGAAGAGUAUUCAGUGAGUGGAGUGCAAUAGAAAAGGAGAUGGGGGAUGGGUUGCAGAGUGCUGGCCACCACAUGGAUGUAUAUGCAGCUUCUAUUGAUGACAUAUUGGAAGAGGAGGAACAUUAUGCAGAUCAGCUGAAAGAAUAUCUCUUCUAUGCAGAAGCACUACGGGCAGUUUGUAGGAAACACGAACUAAUGCAAUAUGACUUGGAAAUGGCUGCACAGGACCUAACAUCUAAGAAACAGCAGUGUGAAGAGCUGGCAACAGGAACUGUGAGAACAUUCUCCCUGAAAGGGAUGACCAGCAAGCUCUUCGGGCAGGAAACCCCUGAGCAGAGGGAAGCCAAGAUAAAGGUUCUGGAAGAGCAGAUACAGGAAGGAGAAGAACAACUUAAGGCUAAAAAUCUGGAGGGCAGAGACUUUGUCAAAAGUGCCUGGGCUGACAUUGAACGGUUUAAAGAACAAAAGAAUCACGAUUUGAAGGAGGCGCUUAUAAGCUAUGCUGUUAUGCAGAUUAGCAUGUGCAAAAAGGGAAUUCAAGUUGUGUGUCUUGCAAAGGAAUGCUUCAGCAAGAUGUGAUUAUCUGGAAAUGAAUUCCUACUCCAAGUGCCAGAGAACGGAAGCACAAAUGUAUAACACCAAUGUUAAGUUGCUACAUGACUUACAUAUAAAUCAUGAAAUAAAUGAGUUGAGUGAAUAGUUUUUCUUUCUGCUGAUUGUAAUUGUUAAUAAAGGACAAAAAGGACAUGUUACUAAAUGUUUAGCCCUGACUGCCACUUCUGUGGCGUGUUUUAUAUGUGGUAGCAAAUAAUUCAGGGGUAAAAGAGUUACUGAAAACUACAGCUCUGUAUUGGGGCAAAGGUAUAGGGAAAGUUAUCCCAGAAAGUAUGAACUGAACUGCUCUGAGACUUGUGAAACACCAUGCUCUGUAAUGUGUAGAUCACUUCCAGAUGCCCUUCUUUUCAGCUUUUGCUGUUUAGAAUUUGUAAUGCUCAAGGGUGCUUUGGUUUUAUAAUGGGACACGCAGUUGUGUUCUUGAGGUCUACACCGUAAGAGAACAAAAAAUGAAAUAUUGUAACGCCUAGGGUUCAUAUUUAAAUGCCUUUGCAUGUCUAUAGAGAAAUGUGCUUUUGCAGAGUUCGGGUUAAGCACUCUCAAGCUCCUGAGAUGUCUGAAACUCUCUACAGUAGAGGUG